AUGACCCGUCCCAGAGCACCACCAACCCCUAGCAGUUCCACAGACUUGAAAGCGUUGGAAAGAAAUCUACAGCCCUCUGAUAUGGAAUCAUCCUUCGCAUUGCCACCUCCAGCCUUGCGGUCCGAAGCUCAAUCACAGACACGCUCAUCUAAACCAUCGUCCAAUCGUGGAGCCACCAAUCCGACCAUUCAGAGGACCCCGCCAGUGUCGCCGAAGGACAAGCCACUCACCUCAAGCCCUCGACAGAAACGCACGGCUUCAGGCAUGGUUAAAUCCACCUCCACCGAAUCCAUUUCCACAGGGCCAAAUGCCGCCUCCUCCGUUUAUGCCCUGCCCCCUCCACCUAGCCGUGCGCGCAAGAUCAUCCAAAUGAAGCCAAAAGCGCCCUCGUCCAACAACCAUCCUUCCCCAGAUAGCGACGGAAGCUAUCAGCCCCCUGCUGCCUCUACAGCAACCUCAAAAACCUCUGCAGUCCAUAGCUCGACAGCCAGCAAUUCCAAACGCAAACAACCCUCUGCCACCAGUGCUGCAGGUCGCAAAAUCGCCCGCAAGACUGCUCACAGUAUCAUCGAGCGACGGAGGCGAAGUAAAAUGAACGAAGAAUUUGGUGUCCUCAAGGACAUGAUCCCCGCCUGCGAAGGUGUGGAAAUGCAUAAGCUUGCCAUUUUGCAGGCUGGAAUAGAAUACGUCAAGUAUCUGGAAGGCUGCGUUGCUCAGCUCAAGGCAGAAAAUCAGAAGAAGGGCCAUAGUCCAGCAGGGGAGCAAAUCCCAAGUGCUGGGCAGGAGAGUUAUCAGCAUCCAAGGAAACAGAAUGAUUACGAGCAGGUGGAGAAUGAUGAAAGCGAUGACAACAAUGAAGACGAGGACGACGAGAUGGACGGCGAUGAACCAACCCAGGAAUACCUGUCCAACGUGAAAACCAACUACCCUACUCAACCCCACGUCUCGGUUGCCGUCGCCAACAAUGAUGAAUGGGGAUUCCGCAACUCGCGGAAAGCCUCUAUGACAUCUCAAACCAGUUCUGCCUAUCCUUCACCAUAUCUACACGACAAGCCGCGCCACCGACGGCCCAUCCUCCCUGCGAGUACGGGCUCCUUCUCUGCUUCACCGUCGCAGAUCUCAACACAGGCGCACGUGACGAGCAGCACAGCAACCCCAACAAUGCUGAGCCCAGCUUUCAACUCCAUCCACUUCUCACCAGAUCUGAUUCGGACUCAGACAAACGACAGCAGCAGCAUUGAGUCGACGUCGAUCAUGAACAGCGGCACACUGUCGUCAUCCACAUCGAUAGGAAGCUCAUGGACACCGUUGAACCAGGCCAAGCCCAGCCCUCAAAUGGUGCCCCUACCCUCACCGAAAGCUUCAAUGCACCUUCCCCUCCCGCCUCUGGCGAAUAGUCUCCAGCUACCGCACCCGCAUUUCGCUGGCAGGGAGAACUCAAGGUCGCCGGCCGCUAUGAGUGAUGGCUCGGGUACCGCGGAAGCCACGGCUACCGCGGCGCUGAUGAUGCUCACUAAUGACUGGCGAGCCGGUGCUGGUGCUGGUGUUAAUCCUGGUGUGUCUAACGGUGGUGGAGGCCGGGAUAGUUUCCUGACUGCUGGUGGUGGUGUGGGUAGUUCGAAGGACAAGGGGAAGGGUAUGAGUGUACGGGAUCUACUGAGUUCGUAG